AAAAAAAGAAGAUGUUAAAAAAGAACUUGACCGUCUGCCUGUGGGAUGUGAGACUUCAGUCGCUGGCCAACCGUCCUUCGCGUUGCUCGAUUUUGGCCUUUGAACACACUCUUGUGUGCAGCAGCCGCUCCAAUCGAAAGAAGAGGACCGCUGACUUUGAAUUGAGUUUUCUUCCGUUGAUCCAGGGAAAGUGGGAGUCUGAAGUAAAAUAUAGUACGGAGGGAAUUUCCAAAUUGGAAGCUACCUAGCAGCUUUUUUUUAUUCGCGAUAGAGUUGGGGAGGUGAUGACGUGUUGGCUUCUCUUCUAGUCUCCGCGAAGAAAAGACAAAAACAUGACGCGCUGCAGAGACUCGACUUUGAUGCUGAUUGUUAUGCUGGUUGCGUGCUCACUGGCCGGCCCUCUGCCAAAGCCGGUGCCAUUCCCGCAGACCUCCUCCCUUUCCUUUCUGCAAAAGUCGAUCGUCGACUACGAUCGCAACGUACAGCUCAGUUUGAAACAAGCAGACCCGGAGGUUAGCCCCGGGAUGUGGGAGGGAGAUAUCGCCGGAUUGUCGCCCGAUACGUACUACACUUGGCGUUUAGGACUCAAGUUUGAUGUCUUUCCCGAACGACGAUGGAAGAAUGCAACAGUGCCUUAUCACAUAAGCCACAAAUACAACCCGGUCGACCGAGAAACCAUACAAACAGCCUUGUACACCCUUGGAUUGAUGACCUGCAUCGAUUUCGUCCCAUACGACGGCGAGGUGGAGGACUACUUGCUUAUUUGGCCUGUCGAGGAACCAGCCGGUUGCUGGUCGUUCAUCGGUCGUACGGGUGGGCAGCAGGUCCUGUCGCUUCAGCCUCCAGAUAGUCAAGGUCCCAAGUGUCUGGGAGGGCCGGGAAAAGCUAUUCACGAAAUGCUCCACGCCUUGGGUAUUUUUCACGAGCAAUCACGAGCAGACCGAGAUGACUACGUCACUUUGAAUCAAGAAAAUGUCGUUAAACCAUUUUUGCAUAAUUUUGCCAAGCAGAGUUUGCUUAACACGACCUACGAUUUCGAGUACGACUACACGUCCAUUAUGCACUACGGGACCCAUUUCUUCAGUGCGGGAAGAGACAAGCCAACGUUGGUGCCGAAGCGUCGUGAUGCCAAGAUCGGCCAGCGCGACGGAUUGAGCCGGACGGAUUGCUACAAAGUGAAUAAGCUUUACGGUUGCUUCGAAAUUUCACCUUACGAGAAGCUCAAGUACGAGUCUUUCUGUGACAUACUCGGCCUUUGAGCUCGCAAACGAUUUGCGGCCACUUCACCCUUUGAUCGAACAAAAAAAAAAUGUUUUAACAAUAUAAAUUAUGUCGUGCGUCGUGCCAACAUACUUCUAUCCUCUCAUCAAAUCUACCACUAUUUCAUCGUUUGUUGUGCUAUAAAAUCGCUAUAAGUUUGUUUUCCAAAACCAAGAGACAAAUCAGACGAGUUGAAGCGCGACACAUACUCUAUUCCAGGA